CGUCAAUGUCAUCGGGAUCGCGAAAACAUUUUUUUGUGGUUGUGUGACAAAAAAUAUUUCUUGUUUUGUGUAAAAAUAAGUAGCACGUCGUAUUUACUUCGUUUACGUGAAGAUUAAAGGAAUUAAUUGCAAAAUGUCGAGCGCUGACAGAAUUGAUUUUGAAAUGGAAGUGGAAGUAGAGAGUGCGUCUUCGGGACCGCCAGUAGAUGCUCCUAACCCAACAUCCCCGGCAGCACCUGCUAUCCCCAGCGGUGUUGGUGGUGGUGGAGCCAAGAGUGUGGUGGUCACCACCGCGACAACUGGCUCGGUGACAGUUUCGCUCCACCCGUUGGUCAUUAUGAAUGUGUCCGAGCAUUGGACGAGGUUGAGAGCACAAGAAGGUUCACCACAAACAGUGAUUGGAGCACUUAUUGGCAAACAGAAAGGCAGAAACAUAGAAGUUAUGAACUCUUUUGAAUUAGUAUUUAGUGUUAUUGAAGGAGACAUCAUUAUAGAUAGGGAUUAUUACAACUUAAAAGAAGAACAGUUCAAGCAAGUAUUUUCUGAUAUGGAUUUCCUGGGCUGGUAUACCACUGGAGAGACGCCCACUGAGCGAGACAUAGCAGUUCACCGACAGAUCUGUGACAUCAAUGAGUGUCCUGUGAUGCUUAUGCUCAACCCCUCAGGAAGAAAUGGGGAGCAACUACCAGUGGUGCUGUAUGAAUCUGUGAUAGAUGUUGUUAAUGGCAGAGCGACUAUGUUGUUGGCCCCUCUCACAUACACAUUGGCUGCGGAAGAGGCUGAAAGAAUUGGUGUGGACCAUGUGGCUAGAGUGUCAUCUGGUGAAGCUGCUCUAAAUAGUUUAGUGGCUGAGCAUCUAACAGCGCAGCGCUCAGCAAUCAAGAUGUUAGUCUCCCGCGUGCGCGCAGUAUUGGCAACGGUGCGCGCGAUUCGCGACGGCGUUCUGCCACCGCGCCCAGGCUUGCUGCGAGAGGCGCGCGCGCUGUCCAACAGACUGCCGCUGCUGACGUCACAGCAGUUCCGCACACACUUUUAUAAUCAAUGCAACGACGUCGCUCUAAUGACGUACCUAGGCACAAUCACCAAAGGCUGCAACGCCAUCAACCAGCUAGUGAACAGGUUCAACGUGCUCUACGACAGGCAAGGUAUGGGCCGGCGCAUGCGCGGUCUGUUCUUUUAGGCGGACUCUAAUAUCGUAAAUGAUUGCAACCUCAAUGUAAAAACAACAAAUGUGUAGGCGCGUCAAUCGAUAAUCGAAUGAAUUUGUAUUCUUUUCAUGAAUUAGUUUCGAGUUCAUUUGAUUUAAUCACGACACCACGGUAAAGACUUCGACAAAUAAGGUGAUGGCGUUUGUGGUUGAGGAAUAUUAUACAGCUAGACCAGAUAUAAAAAAAAAUCCUGAAACUAUCACUGCGCUACCUACCGGGUCCAAUUAUGAAUCUAAAA